AUGGUGCAUGCUGCUUCAGGCUUUUCCUUUGCAGUGUACGUGUUUGUGUCUUCGAAAUCGGAGUCUGCAUGUGGUUUCGAUGAGGGGAUUGGACCGGAUGUAGCUUUGCGAAAGUUGUGUGUUGCUGUGUUGGUCUGCUUUGCUACAUUGCGCAUGCUAUUGCGGAAGUGUGUGUAUCUUGUGUGGGUAUGGACGUGUGCGACUCGGAAAAGAGUUUCAGAAAAGAACCAGACAUCUGAUGCAGCAGCAGCUGACAAUGGCAACUCAUUACAAUUCCCUUUGCUGUAUGCAGUCAUUGGUUUUCUUCUCUGUGCACUCAUUGGUUUUCUUCUCUGUGCACUCAUUGGUUUCCUUCUCUGUACACUCAUUGGUUUUCUUCUCUGUGCACUCAUUGGUUUCCUUCUCUGUGCACUCAUUGGUUUCCUUCUCCCUGCACUCAUUGGUUUUCUUCUCCGUGCACUCAUUUUUGUGGCACCAUGGUGUUGUCCCCCACGCACAUCUUGUUCCUCAUAUGAACUUUUUCUCCAGACAGAUUCACAAGCCAAGUGUGCUGGUUUUGGCAGUAGGGUUGAUGGAGGUCGAAGGAGGUCCUCUACUCGAGCUGCUAGAGAAAGCAGUGAUUCGUUUGUACCACGUAGUCCACCUAAUAGCAAUUUGUACGAACACAUGUGCUGCUCUUUGUAUUGCAAACGUGUGGGACAGAAUUUAUCUUUGGACCCAUUGAUCUGUAGACAGUCUGCAUUCACACAAGAGCAUAUCGCAGGUUUUGGUGUCAGCAAUGAACUGCAGUUUUUGGCUAGCCAACGAGAUUUUGUUUUCGAUUGUAAGGCAAGUCAAACUAUCAUUGUGAAGAUGAAGGGCACUUUUAGAAACCAGACUGAAACAAUACAGCACAUAGCUGAGAUCAAUGCACAUGAGCUAACUGCGUCAGGAUACAUUCGACGUCAGUUUGUUAUUCCUAUCAACAAUAUCUCCUUGACAAACUUGGAUUGCACCGUAAAAUUCUUUCAAGAUGGUUAUGAGGACAGGGCAGUCACGUUGCUCGCUUCUCUUCCACUAUCGAGAUCCAAUGAAGAUGACAGCAGAAAGGUCUUCGUAACCGACUGUAACAACGCUAUGAUUAGUUUGGGAUCGAUGACAAUCACAAAUUCACUCGAAUAUCGUACAGUGGAAACGGUUGGAGCAUCAUCACAAGGUACAUCUGAUCCGUGCGGCUCUACGUCUCAUGACACUCUUUGACGGUAAUCAUGUACCGGACAAGGUUUGGGACUGCCACCCGGCCCUUUAGUAUUAGUGCAAGUAUUGAUAGUCACGAAUACGUGUAUGUAUUCCACUAACUGUAAACGUGCAUUAUUGUGCAUUCUAUUUAGUGGUAUGUAUCUAUGUAUCUAUGUAUGUAUUAGUUGUAUGUACCUAUGUAUCUAUGUAUGUAUUAGUGGUAUGUACCUAUGUAUCUAUGUAUGUGAUAUGUUGGUGGUACAGAGUGAAUAUCACGAUGAAGAGACCGAUUA